AUGUCCGUGUCAUCAGAACCAUUUUACAUUCGAUACUAUUCGGGCCACCAGGGCCGACACGGUCAUGAAUUUCUCGAGUUCGACUUUCGAGUCCUCAGUGAUGGUAAAAGUGCAUCAGCUAGAUAUGCAAACAAUUCAAAUUACCGGAAUGACUCAUUAAUCCGGAAAGAAAUGUGUGUCAGUUCUCUUAUGGUCGAUGAGAUAAAACGAAUUAUCAAAACCAGUGAAAUCAUGAAAGAAGAUGAUAGCAAAUGGCCACAAAAAAAUAAAGACGGACGGCAAGAACUGGAAAUCAGGUUGGGUAGCGAGCACAUUUCUUUUGAGACUGCUAAAAUCGGGUCACUGGUCGAUGUUACUGAUUCUCAAGAUCCUGAAGGUCUCAGGGUGUUCUACUAUCUUGUUCAAGAUUUAAAAGCUCUAGUAUUUUCGCUGAUAUCACUUCACUUCAAGAUCAAACCAAUUUGA